AUGGCAUCGAAACGAGCGGCAGUGCCUGCAAAGCACCUAUUCAAUGGCUUUCGUGCCUACGAACAACCGAUGCGACAGUUCCAGCCAUGCCUCACGCGAUCAAUGGCGACAGAAGCGCCUCUGCCAGGAGCCACGCUCUCAAAGUCAUACAGCGAAGCCAACCUCGAUUCAGCGCCGACACAGCCCAUAAUAGAAGACAGGGUCGCAGUGCCAGCGCCGGCACCUUCACGCCCCCCAAAACUGCGACACAACCACGAGCCACCGCAGAAUCCCUUCCUCAAGCCGGCCCAAUGCACUCUGUACAACUUUCCUUCCCUUGAACCAGUUGGCUUCACUAGCUAUCCACCAACCCAUCUCAGCCUGCCACUCCGGAAAGACAUUCUCCACAAGGCCGUCAUCUACGAAGGUGACUCCACUCGGCAAGGUUCUGCCAACACAAAAUGGCGCAGCGAAGUCCACGGCAGCAACAGAAAGAUCCGCCCCCAAAAGGGCACCGGUAGCGCCCGUCUUGGUGACAAGAAAUCUCCCAUGCUUCGAGGAGGUGGUGUAGCAUUCGGUCCGAAGCCGCGAGACUUCAGCACGGAGCUGCCGCGAAAGAUAUAUGAUUUGGCAUGGAGAACGGCAUUGAGCUAUCGCUACAAGAUGGGAGAGUUGAUCGUGACGGAUAGUGAGAUUGACGUGCCGGGUGUCAGCGAGAGUAGCUUGGAGCGGUAUGUGAGGGAUGUGCUGAAGUGGAAUGGAUUGGGAAGGGAAGGAGGAAAGACGUUGUUCGUGACGGAUGAAAGACGGGAGGGGCUGUUCAGUGCGCUCGAGGGCGAUAAUAUGCAUAGGCAGGCGAGAGCACUCGAGGUGGAGUGGGUGGAUGUCAAGGACCUGCUGGAGACUGGGAGAGUUGUGGUCGAGAGGACUGCGUUGGAGGCUAUGUUUGAAGAGCACGAGAGUGAUUUGGGACCGAGGCAGAGGUUUGGUGCCUGGGAGUUCCUCACACCUGAGUUGACCGGCAUACAAGCGGAGCCUCUGGCCUAG